AUGGAACUUCCAACGACAAUGGAGUCGCAUCAUCGACCAGAUGCAAUACGACCAGAACCUGGAUCGACGUUGAUUGUAAUUCACGAUUUCCCUGCCCGCAGUUCUGAUGAGCUCAGUUUAUCGAAAGGAGACCGAGUCGAAUUAAUAGAGCGAGAUGACGAAUUUGGGGACGGAUGGUACCUUGGUAGGAGUUUGGUAAACGGAUCGAGUGGUUUAUUCCCCGAAGUCUAUACCCGGUUAGCCCCUCGUGGAUCCCCUUCACAUCCAAAUCUUUCGACUGUUUCGAUAUCUCAACCAGGAGCUCUCCAACUUCCGUUGCCACAACAAUCUCUCCAAUCGAUUGCGCAAAGCGCCCCCGGUGAAUCUCCACCUCUGCUCGAAAUGCCGGAAGUUAUUCCAGAUAUUUUGUCACCCGGCAAAUCUUCCUCGUCUUUGACUUCGAUUGAACCUCCAAUGAAUGCUGCCGCAAAAAUAAUACCGCCAUUGAGUGCAGUGAGUGCGAGCUCAGCAGCAAAAUCCCAUGCCCACGGCCAGGAUAGUCCAGUCAUGAAUGAGACUUUGAGUGUGAUUGAUGAGCAUAUAACAGAUAUGAACCACAUUGUUGGUUCCGUACCAAAAACAAUCAACGACUCGGGAAGCGAAUAUAGUGGCCACCAGCCGGAUGCAAGAUUAUCAUAUAUCAAUGGCGAGGAAACGGACGAAGAAGAGGAAGAAUUACACACACUUGAAGAGGUUACAAUAUGGACACCCGAGCAAGUGGCAGAAUACUUGUUUACUGUAGGAGUUGAGAAGAAGCACUGUGAAGUUUUUCGAGAUCAAGAAAUCAGUGGGGAUGUUCUCUUAGGCAUGGAUCAAACAUCAGUUUUCUUGAAAGAAUUUGAAUUAGGUUCUGUUGGACGAAGACUGAAAACCUGGCAGAAGAUAAAAGCCCUUCAAGACGAAAUAAAUGGUGAAACUCCGACCAGAAGGAACACUGGUACAUAUGCUGGUAGUGAGAUUGGCUCUGAGGAUGGUGGUCAUCGCAGCCGUAGUGUUACUUCAUCAACAAUGCUACCAAGAAACCUCAGUUUGAGCAACCGACCUGGAUCAUCGUCAAACAACAUCCGACAAUCUCAUCAACGUGCCCCUAGAAACGACUCCAUUACAAACUCAUCUCCAAUAUCUCCCGGAACUUCACAAGGCAGCCCGAGAACCCCAGGCGAAAAGAGACCUUCUGCAGCAUCAAUUAGGGAUUUACAUCAUUCGAGACAAAGUUCUGUUGGUGAAUUUAGUACCACGAAUUCACUUAUGGGUGCCAUUGCAGCAGACAAAAGCCAAGGUAUAUCUACACACAGAAAGCAAGCGUCAUUUAACAAAGAUUGGUCCCUUGGUGAUGCAACAUCCGCCAUAUCUCAACGUCCCUUAUCUUCGAAUCGCCCCUUAUCCUCUGCUGGUCUCACAGAAAUUACCACCAAAGGAUCUGCAGAUCAGCCACAUGAAAUUACAGAGCCCCUAACUAAUUUAGAUACAGACCGGGGAUAUUUCUCGGGUGGUGAAUUGGAUGGUCGGCAGAGAAACGUUCUACGUAAGAGAGGUAGCACAGCUGGACACUCUAGAAAUUCGAGUUACACCGAUGAGCAAAGAUUGAGGACUGCAACAACAAAUUCAAGACAUUCCAGAUUUGGUAGUGUUGAUUCGACGAGAGAAACAACACCGCCUUCGGCAGCACAAAAGUACUACGGUUUAUCUGUAAAUGGUCGUCGCAGAACUCCUUCAGAAAGUUCUAUUAAUACACCUCCUCGACCAGUGCCACCCCCGAAGGACGAUUUUCCACUUGUCACCAGACUUCAACCAGAAACAUCUAUGGAUAACAUAAUGUCGCCAAAAUCUCCAAAAUCGCCCAGUCUUCGACAAGGUCAUCCUAGCGAUUGGUUGUUACCUGUCAAGCCGACAGGACCUUCUAGCCAUUUUAGUAUGCGCGCAAUCUCUGACGCUGUCACCGGUCGUGAGAAAUCUCGCAUUACUUCACCAACAGAGACUGUAUCAACGUCAACAAAAGAAUCUCCACUUCAAUCGCCAUCAAGGACCGGUUCAAGCACACCUUCGGGUGGCCCGAGCUUUGAACUAGAUCCGCCAGACGAUAAACUGGCUAUGAUUACUCCAAAGACAUCUAGGAAGAAGUCCAAGAAGGAAACUAGUGCUUAUACUCGGGGUUUGGAAAAGAAAACGCCUCAGGAACAAAUGGUUGGUGCAGAUUACAGCGGAUGGAUGAAGAAGAAAAGUUCAAAUCUUAUGACAACAUGGAAGCCUCGACUUUUCAUAUUGAAGGGCCGCCGGCUGUCUUAUUACUAUUCCGAGACUGAUGAACAGGAGAAGGGAUUGAUCGACAUUUCAUUCCAUCGAGUCUUACCAGCCGACACUGACCGCCUCACCGGUCUCCACGCCACUUUGACAGGUGCAACGAACAGCCCUACAAGCCCGAUUAAUGCGCAAGGAACCAUUGCAUCAGCGGAGGCAGACGCUGAACCGGAAUCCUCAUUAAGUAAAAGUGGUGGCGAUUCUAUGUUUAUCUUCAAACUCGUACCACCACGAACUGGUCUUUCGAAAGCCGUCAAUUUUACGAAACCCACUGUACAUUACUUCGCAGUGCCAAAUAUUAAACAGGGCAGAUUGUGGAUGGCCGCACUGAUGAAAGCUACUAUCGACCGAGACGAUUCCAAACCUAUAACCACGACUUACCAACAAAAGACCAUCUCCCUUGCCAGAGCUCGACAAUUGCGACAUCGUCCUCCAGCACUCAUGAAUCUUGAUGAGAAAGUCGAAGAAGAAGCUUUGAAAACUCCGGCAAGCGAUAAGCAUGGUCUCAAUAUACAAGGCAUCAUCUUUGAUCGUGAAACUCACGAGGGUGAUAGUGGUGUAUCUGGGGUAUCGAAACGAGAGAGUGCGAAUACGGGGACAAAUCAGGCACCAGAAAGCGCAGGCUUAAGUAAUACUUAUUCGCCAGAUAUCGAUGUUCCGGAACCACAGACUGCGUGA